AUGGUUCUGGCAUGGACCUAUCAGCAGCUGUCUAGUCAGCAUUGCCACAUGAGAUCCACACUGCAGCUGAGUAUAAGGUUUUGACUGUAUUGAAGAUGGAGAAGUGGAGAGCAGCGGGGAGGGCAGAGGAGAGGAAGAUGAAGGUGAAGAAGCAGAGAGAGUUUCUCAGAUCAGCAGCAGGUGGAGUUCCACACAUCUCAGACAUGGGCAUUGUGCUGCUGGGGAACAGAGCUGCUGGGAAGAGUUCAUCAGGAAACACCAUCCUGGGCAGAAAGGAGUUUGAUACUGUAGGCAGAACAGCUGAGUGUGUGAAGAGAGAAGGAGAAACAGCAGGGAGACACAUCACUGUAGUGGAGGCACCAGGAUGGUGGAUUAACUCCACUGUAGAGCUAACUCCUGAACGUGAUAAACGAGAGAUUGUCCUCAGUGUGUCUCUGUGUCCUCCAGGACCCCAUGCUGUGGUACUGAUAAUAUGA